CUCCACAGCACACGACCACACCUCUCCGUUUGCACGCACAUUGAUCCCAACAGUCGCCUAUCACCAUUGCGCGCUCCCUGCGCUCCUCUGGGAUAAAUCCAGUUCAUAUAUAUUGAGGAUCCAAAAUGGCUAGCAAAGCAGCGGCGCCGGCACUGGAAGUCUUCCCUACGCUCCGCAGAUGGCCCGUCAUCCGGCCGCGCCCAGGCAUUUCGGUCCCUAUCGGGAGACAGGACAGCACAAUACUUGAUAAGAAGUCAAUUGACCAUAGUAUGAGACACCUAUACCAUGACCUAGGUGUUCUUGUAUUUUCAGGAUGCUCUGCAAAGCAGGCGGCGCGGAUCGGCGAUGUACUUGCUCGUACAGUAGGUGAAGGAGGCCCAGGAGGCAUGAAGAGCCUAUUUGAUGGACAGCGCGGCGAGAGGACCGCCCGCGGGCAACUCAAGGCUGUGAAGAAGAGUGAAUGCAACACAAUUGGCCAUAUUACCGUGGUCAAGCCCAGCGUGCUGGUGGAAAUGGCAGAAAAGACACUGGGAGGUGUAUUGAAGGAUAUGAUGUCCAUGUUUGUGCCUAAGAUUGAAAAGGCACGCUUUCGACAGACAAAGGUGGUUAUCCCGGCGCAGCCAUUCCGAGAGCAGACAGCGUUGCAAACGGCGACGGGCACCCGGCCGCUCAAGCUUAACUCCUUUGCAACGUUUAAACCAGACGCACGACGAGGCAACAUUGUUGGAAAAGUCGAUUAUUGGGCUGUCGGGACGGGAUAUUUCGUUGGCUCGGCAGAACUUACAUAUGCAGCAUAUCAACGGCACGAUAACGGCGUCAUGGAGCAUGUCAAGCUCAGGCUAGACAGUAGCACACCCCGCUUGGAGGUUAAAGAGCAGGAGACGGCACUGGCGAAGGAGGUGACGGCAAGCGUGCUAGAGCCGCUAUGGCAACUGGAGCGGGAGGUUUGGGCCGACCGCCUAGCGAUUCUGCAGAAAAAGGGCCCAAGUGUACUUGCAUAGCGUUUCUUUAUAUGUUUUAUAUACAAUUACCAGUAAUUACGUUCCAGACGACAGUGGGUUUGCGUCUGUGGCGAUCUUAUUCCCGAACCUGACACCUAGCAAUAGGGCGCCUUUACGUGCACAUGACACCCCAAUGGAAGUCGUUGCUCGCAGUGCAACCUACAGCACAGCAGGCCCACUCAUGCACUCGGUGCUGGACGGCACUUUGAUUGUCUCUAUUGACUUACCGCUGAAUGGGCAACCCUCGAUCGACCUGCAGAAGGGACGCA